UUUCUAUUUCAGCCCCCAUUCCACCAAUGUCGCAUUUUGUCCCUUUGGUUGUCUACCUCGUUGAGAGAGAGCACUGCUUUUUGAAAUGCCGAGCUUAACAAUGAGUAGGGGCCUAUCCAAAGUGGGAUACCUUGAUCCGUGUUUGAUAGAAUGUAGCUUUCCCUUUCUUUUUGUCAUCUGAAUCACUCCUAAAUAUCCACAUCCUUGCCUUCCAGCAAUGGAGAAGGAGAAGAAAAACUUAUUUUGCGAUUUUUUUUGAAGCCUUAUCGGAUUCUUUGUUUUUAUCUCUGCUUCGUUGUCAAUAAGAUUGGAGUCCAUACCUAGCUGCCUAGAAGGGCAUCCACCACGAGACGUUGCUAGCAAGCUCACUGGGCGCCGGUAAAAUGAAGCAUUGAUUUCGAAUACUUGAAGUGCCGAUGAUCGAUGGUUUUAUGGCGGGUAGCAUUCUCUAGUGGGAACUCUUUCAUGGAUGAGUACUUAAUUUACAAAAACAAGAACAAUUCUUAUGGAGUACUUGUUUAAGUAGUUUAUAUAUAUCUGCAAAAGCUGAAGAACCCUACCAUUCUCAUGAAUCAUGAUCACUGAACUGAAUAAGAAGCCAAACGAUCUGACCCCACCAACCCUAAACUAAAAACAACGCAUCCAUUAUACCACCAUCAAAAACCACCUUUCUUAAGAAAACCGUUUGUUGAAGUAGAGUGGCCACUAUUGACAGGUUGAACAAGAACAAGAGGGAACCUAAAAGAAGGGAAAUCAACAGUGAGGAACAGUGGCCUUCUGUUUUGUGAUGAGAAAUGAUGAUGAUGAGACCAGCUGGAUGUUUGGGGGGCUCAAGGUGUCAGGACUGUGGAAACCAAGCUAAGAAAGACUGUUUUUACAUGAGAUGCAGAACUUGCUGUAAGAGUAAAGGUUUUCAGUGUCAAACACACGUCAAGAGCACUUGGGUUCCCGCUUAUAGACGGCGACAGAGAGCUCAAGAUCUUUCUCCUGUUCAACAACAGUACCAGCUUCAAGGACACAACCCUAAAAGGCUCAGAGAAAAUCCCUCCUCAGGUUUAGAAAUCGAGAAUUUUCCUGCUGAAGUGAACUCUACAGCUACAUUUCGUUGCUUUCGAGUGAGCUCCAUUGAUGAGGCGGUUGAUCAAGUUGCAUAUCAAACAAGGGUGAAUAUAGGAGGUCAUGUUUUUAAGGGUAUUCUCUAUGAUCAAGGCCCUGAAAAUCGUUAUGACUUUGGUGAAAGCUCUUGCAGACAACUUCAAGGGCCUAAUCUCACAAAUGCAGGUGCCCUAACUCCUGCUACUACCACUUUAGCUUCAACUACAGGUGCUGCAGAAUGUCUUGCUCGUCCUUCAUUUCCAUUUCCCCUUAAUGCUUUUAUGUCCGAUAAGCAACUUUUCCUACACCCAAAAUCUUAGGGCUCCUCAGUUUAAUUUGCGUAGCUAUCAAAAAGAAGAAGGAAAAAAGAGUGAAAAUGUCAAAAGAGCCCAGCCUUUUGUCAAUCAUCAAUUGAAUCUUCCUCUUCUGUUACCAUAAAUCGCUAGAUAUUCACGGUCAAGGUUGUUCUUGUGAGUAUCCAUUGAAAUAGAAAUGAAUAACUGGAGAUCUUUGUUCUUUUUUCUAAUGUUUAUAUAUAUAAUUUAACGUUCAAUUA